UAUGGAAAAAAACACAGUACACAGGGUAAAAUGCUUCAAUUUUUUCAAUGCGCCUUUACUAUCCUUUACUUUAUAAACCGAUUCCCUGGCAAUGUUAUUGCACCAAAUCUUAUUUUUUUUCUCAUUUCUGAUUAUUUCUUAAUCUAGCUACCGUGUUCAUACAGAUUGUGAUCAAAAUAUUAUUGUCACGCUUCCAAAAUGUUUGUCAAAUAUAAAGAUUAAAAAGCAUACAGAAAAAGAAAUCAAGGAGCUAAGCAGUGGUACUGAAUACAUGGAAAUUGUCAAUGGAGAGAAAACGUUGAUUCAAAUCAAAGCUGGUGAUACAUUUAUUAAUAAGUUGGAGAUAUCAACAAUUCACGAUCCAACUUUUAAUAUCUGUGUACAAGUUGAAGACGUUCCUCAUUUGCAUACCUCAUCAAAUGAUAGCGGCGGAGAAGUAACAGUUUUAACACACGGAUAUGACAGCAUGAUAGAUUUUAUGGAAACAUUGAAACAGCUCAAAGAAAUAGAAUGUAUGGUGAAGUAUAUUGUUAAUGGCGGAAAUCAUAUUAUGAGCCGGUCACUUGAGGAAUGGCAUCAGCUUUGCUGGAAAUACAUAAUUACAUACUUUGGUCUAGGGAGCAUGAGUCAUAUAAGAGAAACGAUACAGUUUCCCCCAUAUAGAAGAGGAUGCAAAAUAUCAGAGCUGGCAUAUUUAUUCAAGAAAGCGUUUCUGGAAAAGGUUGGAAUCUUGACUGGUUACAAUACUAAGGAACACUUGAUGUUCUUAAACUGUGAUGAAAAUUUAAGACAGUCCAUUGGCAAGCUCGAAAAUCACGAGAAAAGAAUAUUAAUCGUUUACCCGACGCCACUUGUUUUCUUCAAUGUUAGAUACACUGAUGCUACUAAAUAUGACGACGUUAUCAGCGAGAUUGAGCGUGGGGAAAACGACAUCAAAUCCUUAAUUUUUAUUAAUAAAAAGAUAAUUAAAGAUGAAAACACGGCUUUUGUGAACGUUAUCGCAGCGCCAAAUUUGGAAAAGUCUACUUCACUUUUAAUGUGUAAUAAAUGUCAUCUAUUGGAUGGAGAAGUAUUGCGGAAUGUGAAUAGCUUAAUCAAACGGUUUAAAAUGAUUUUAGAAAAUCUUAAUUACAAUGGAAAUAAGUGGAACGCUGAGAAGGUGACAUUUCUGAAAGUAUUGGGAAACAUAUUUGGUUUUAUGGCUACAAGGAAAUCCAUUCGACGCUACGUUCCUGCAUUCAAAGCACAACCAGCUGAACAAGUACGCUCACUUAUGCUUAACGUUGAGCAACUCAAAGUGCUGCAUAGUGAUAAAAGAAAGAAGAUCAUAUUGGGAGGGUUUGGUAGUGGGAAAUCUUUGAUCGCUUUAUAUCAAAUGGAACACCUCAACGAAUCUGCUGAAAAGAAAACAAGCAUUUUCUAUGUGUAUUGGGACGCCAAUAGUUUGAUGGUUCAUGAUGUGAGAAAGUUUGUGGAGACACUUCCAAAAAAUGAAUUAUCAGUGAUCUAUGUUUUUAACGUAAAAGACUUGUCGGAACACCUGAAAUUGACAGCGAUACCAUCUCUGGCGCAACUCAUCUUGGAAUUACUUCAUAACUAUCCUGGAACGGUUAUACAUGUCUUUGUGGAUGAAUAUGAUGCAGAGCAGCUUAAUCUCUUUGAAGCAAGGAAACUAAAUAGUGUACUCAAAAUGGCUAAAUUGGAGGAGGCCUGUAUUACCAUACUGCCGCAUUCAUUAAGUAAGAAUCGAACAUAUGUUUCGAAAAGGACCGAGAAGCCUCACGGUAAUUAUCAAUUUAAAGCAACUGGUAUGGAAAUAUUUGAACUUACAAGAUGCAUGAGAACUACGCAGAGGAUAUUUCAACUGACAAAUGCCGUUGAAAAAAUGAUAGGAGAAGAAAAGACUGUGUUUUAUCAACCAAAAAUUGCAGUGAAUGACUAUGAUGAUUAUUCUGUUAAUGCUUCAAAAUCUCCUUUAAAUGCUACUAAAGGAAGAAGAGAAGUUAUUGUGCCUGCAAGAUUAGAUUUUGUUGGUUCAGAUACAAUGUCUGGUAUGACCAACUUGCAUAAAAAUGUGCUUAAAAAGAGUUCAAGCAACAUCAAUAGAUUUAAUUUUCAUAUCCCAAAAGAUAUAGAUGUAGUUUCAGCAAGCGUAUCAUCAAUGCCCGUUGAUAAAAGUACAAAAACUGUCACGCAAUAUGCAUACCCCGAAACAAUUUCCGUUGGACACAAUAUAAUUGGAAAUAUGCCAACAUGCCUUACAUUCUCUGUCCAUUCACCAUCACAUUUCCACGAAAUGAUAACAAAAUUAUCGAUCAUCAUUGGUGAAUCUUUCUUCAAGGAAAACAUGAGCAAAUUAGUUAUUUGCAACACGCCUCUUCAUUAUUUUGUUAUGAAGAACGCCCUCAAGUUGAUGGACAUUAAUUUUAUCGACUACAUUGAAUAUUCAGGAUGGCAAUUAAAAGAUGCAGACGAGAAUGUUGUAAUCUCUCCUUUGCAAAAACGUUGCAUGUUAAGGCUGACAGAUUAUACCGGCUCCCGUGGGGAUGAAGCUGAUCAAGUUGUAGUUUGUAUCGAACCAUCUGCUUGUAGACUGAAACAUUUAACGCUUGAAUGCAUGAACAGAAGCCAUUGUGAUCUAAUUUUAAUUGGAAUAUCUUAUGAAGAAGCUCCAACGGCUAUUGAACGAAGUUUACCAAUUUGGGUACAGAAAAAAUGGCAAAAACAUCGUUCAAUGGGCAUAUUCUUGAGCCAAGUCGCACAAAAAGGCCUUCUGCAAAUGAAUUAUUGUGUUACGUUUUCACAUAAAGAUGAAACCAUAUGUUUGACUAAAGACAACCGCGACUUUAGAAUCAAUGUAGCCAGUAAGAAAUACAAGGAAUGUAUGAAAACUCUAAAGCAACGCAAUGUUAUUUUUGAGGACACGGGCAGUGAUGAACACGAUGCUACUGCUUUUAAAAUGCUUGAAAAUACAUCUCCAGUUACAGAUCUGAGAUGCGUCGGUACGGGGCAGAGAGAAUGUUUACUUACUUGGAAAUCUGAAGGUUUCGUGUACAUUGUUCGAAAAUGGAGUGAUGAUGGUGGUGUCUGGAUAGAAGUAGGAAGAACACGUCAAUGUUACUGCAUUUUCAAAUCCUUAAUCCAUGACAGCAAGUACAAAUUCUCUGUCACCGCUGUUAGCAACGUGGACUCUUCUGAUUGUGAAAUUGAUUAUAUUCACAUGAAGACGUCGAGUAUUUAUUCAUAUAUCGAGGAACUGAUUCAAGAUAAUAGAGUAGUCGAAAUGGAAACCUUGGUUGCAUUGUAUCCGCAAGUUGUAUAUAUGAGAGAUAAAGACGGUAACACACCAUUAAUGCUAUCUGCUAUCUACAAUAACAACCCGCCGAUGGUUCAUCUUCUCAUCAUAAAUGGAAGUAACAGCUUGGCUACGGACAAAUUCGGUUUAAACAGUUACCAUAUGGCUGCUAUGGCAGGUAACAGUAAUGCCUUAUAUGCGCUUUGUCAACACAAUAAGGAAUGGAUUAACGCACAAGAUGGUAGGUAUAGAACGGCGUUACAUUAUGCUGCAAUGUAUGGUCAUGUCGAGUGUGUUGAUGUGUUGCUACGAUGUUGGCUUAUUUCAACGAGUAUCAAAGAUGAAAAUAGCAGAAAUGCAUAUGAUGUUGCUGGAUUUAAGCACAAUCAACACAAUCGGAGCAAGAUUAGAAAAAUGAUUGAAAAUUACAAUGUGAAGCAAAAGUCCUUAAGUUCUUAAAGUGAUUGGCGAAAUCACCUUUGUGACACUGAUACAUGGAAAUCUUUAUACAGAGCUGGGCUCAAUAACUCCGAAAGAUUUGCUAAAGAAAUUCUCAUUGCUAUUUUUCAAAGUAUAUGAACACACCUACCUGUCAGGAAGGCGAAUGACAAAACCACUUCGGACACCGAUACAUGGUAGCUUAUUCCAGAAAAGCAUCGAGAUUAUUUUGUCUCAAGAACGGAAAAGUAGAUUGCAGUGUGAAAGGAUGACAAGAUCUUAAAAUAAACAAAUAAUUAUUAUACUAUGCAUAUAUUUAUUAUAUUUCAUUUCUAGUCAUUAUAUUUAUAUGUAACG